CGCACGCCACACGACACAACCAAGCGCGUUCGAUUUCCAUGAAGCCGAAGAGAGAGUGGACCGCACCGUUUACUCGUACAAAUGAUCGCGUAUAAUUCAAAGAAGAGUGUGGCUGGUCUUGUGUUGUUUGGGUUUAUCCGUAUCUACAUCCGAUGACCAUGCAGGUACCAUACACACACGCUGUUAGUGUUGCGGUGGCCGGCAAAGAAGUCGUGCGGGUCUUCAAAACUUUCAAAAACUUGAACAAACUCACUUUCUGCCGCAAGAGAGUUUCUACAAGAUGAAAAACACGCGGAGUAAUUUAAACACUUUUGUGUUUUUAAUAUUUGCGAUUUGUAUUGCUGAUACAAUGGGAAUUUAUUUGAUGAACGAAACAAAAACGCAUUCGACGAUGGAAGAUAAUCCUGCUUACUGGACCGAAAAGGGUGUUUGGGGACCGAUGUUAGAAGAAUGGACGUUGGCAAAUCAUCGUGAGAAACGUGUGAUGCAGUUCCAUGGCCCUAUCGAGUUAUCUGUCCAACGUGCUGAUAAAUACAUAGAAAUUCCAUUAGAGCGGGCAGAAACCACCACCACAGCAACAUCAAAAAUCUCAAAUCAAGUAAAUGCGCCCGCAGACGAUAAAGAAUCCAAAAUAUCCUCAGGUUCGUCUCUGAACGGCAAACCCAAGCCGAACGUCCCACCAAAAAUAGUAAAUAAAAAGCCUCCAACCAGACAAGUUACUGAAACAGACCUAUAUCUACUAGGAGCUAUUGAAAAACUUGUCUAUCGUGUUGAUUUCAUGGAAAAACGGCUUCGUCGAGUCGAGGAGAUGAUGUAUUUCAUGAUGGCGGGCAACAGAAUUGACGAAGUGCCAUGCGCAGACAACUUCACACGUGUCAACCACCAGUGUUAUUUCUUCGCCAGUAACGCCGGCCGUGAGCUUGAUUGGAAAGCAGCUAGCAAACACUGCCAACGGCUAGGCGCUGCACUCGUCGAGCUGGAGUCCAUUGAAGAAAACCAGGAUAUUGUCACAUACCUCCAAAGCAAUUCGCAGCUACGCGGUAAAGAUUUCUGGACAAGCGGAUUGAACCCUGGCCUGUUAUGGAUCUGGAGUGGCAGUGCAAGACCAGUUGCCACCACCGACAAGAACAAGAAACCCACGACACUUAUUGCCGGCGAUGGCCGCUGCCUUCGUUUGACAUACGACGCACAACUUCGAUCAUACGCUUAUCGUGGCACCGACUGUUCGGUGCGCUAUCACUAUAUCUGCGAGAAACCUGAUACUGCUGCGAGUAACGAAGUACGUCGCUUGGGCAGGAUGCGCGAUAUUUUCAAAGAUGAUGCAGAUGUCGAUGAAGUCUAAUCUCACGCAUGUCAAACAUAUGACACUUUCUAGACAUUCUAGCGUUAAAGUUAGCGAGUAAUAACUUAUUAUCGUCUGUAAUUAAUAAAAAUAAACUACGAA